UAACAGCCACAGACUACGUCUCCCUCCGUAGCUACGUAAACACGUGCACCUCGCUGCUUCCAGUUUCAGCCUUUUCAUCUCCACCGUCAUCCUCGCGCUCCUUACAUCUCUUCUUGACAGCAGCAGCGAUGGCAGACUCUGUAGCAUCGGAUGCAGCGGCAGCUACGGACCAAACAGCCGCGGCAUCCUCACCGACACACGGCCUUUCUCCCGCACCGAGCCCGGGAUCCGAGCCUCCAUCCAUGGCUCUGUCUCCCACGGCCAACGGCUCCCAGCGGCUGUUGUUCUCCCACGACCUGGUAUCGGGGCGGUAUCGCGGCUCGGUCCGGUAUGGCGUCGUACGGAUGAUCCACGGAGAGGAGGAUUUUAACUCUGAUUCGGACGUCGAUGAUGGCGGAGGGAGAGGCGGCGGCGGAGGAGGUGGUGGAGGAGGAGGAGGAGGACGAGCGCCGGGCGGUUCGGACACUGAGAGUGCCGUGGACACCCCGAGCCGGCCUCUCGGUAGGGGAUUUGUCCGCGUGCAGUGGUACCCUGAAGGAGCCAAGCAGGACAUCCGAGAGACAAAGCUGAAACUUGAAGACCGAUCUAUUGUCAUCAGAGACAUUGUGCGAAGGAGCAAUUCUGCUGACAACCAGUGUGGGAUUGUGACCAACAUAGAUAUCGAGUGUGCUGUGAAGUUUGUGGGAACAAAUUGUGUGCUUUAUCCAGUCAACAGCAAAGACCUGCUGCACAUCUGGUCUUUUAUGUACGGCGACUACAUCGCCUACGACUUCUGGCUCGGCAAAGUCUACGACCUGACCAAUCACAUCAUCCUCAAGCUUUCUAACGGAGCCAGAUGCUCCAUGAGUGUGGAGGACGGUGCCAAGCUUUAUGAUGUCUGUCCACAUGUCAGUGACUCGGGUUUGUUCUACGACGAGGAGUACGGCUUCUACCCCGGUCAGGUCCUGAUCGGUCCGGCUAAAGUCUUCUCCAAUGUGCAGUGGCUGUCGGGGGUCAAACCUGUCCUGAGCAGGAAGUGCAAGUUCAAGGUAGUGGUGGAAGAGGUGAAGGUGGUGGAGCUGAAAGUGACGUGGAUCACUAAGAGCUAUUCUCCUAAAGGCUCUGACAGCGUAUAUCCACCCCCCUCCACCAUCACACAGGAAAAUCUUCACAGGGUAAGGCGCCUGGGCUACUACGACCACACCCAGAGGGAGCUGGGAGAAAGGGCUCUGUACAUCAUUCCUGCCAAAAGCAGCGACACUUCCAUGGCCUGCGACGUUCCUGAUGGCGUCCCUUUCCUACCAGAGGACCCAGUUGCCAGCAAGCAGCUAAAAUGGGUUUUCAAAAAGGAGCCUGGAAGGAUGGCGGACCGCGGCGAUUUACGAGGUGAGCUCAAAACAGAGCAGACAGACCAGCCUCAUCUCAACAACGGCCCUUUGAUGGCGGCGCAGAACCCCGGGGACAAGAACGCCGACGAGGGCACGGCUGAACACGUAGAGCAGGAUGCAGAUGACGAAGGGGCAGAGGAUACCGAUGACACCAGCUCUCUAACGUCAUCAGCCAGCUCCACCGCUUCCUCCCAGAGCGGCGGCCUGGGAACCAACCGCAAGAAGAGCAUCCCGCUCUCCAUCCGCAACCUGAAGAGGAAGCACAAAAAGAAGAGGACCAAAUUCUCCCGCGAGGUCAAGAUCGGAGACCGGGUGGCGGUGGAAGUUGUAUUGACGAAGACCACAGCCGACGUGAUGUGGAAGGACGGGCGGGUGGAGCGAGGGAUCAGGUCAAACGACCUCAUCCCCAUUCAGCACCUGGACAGCCACGAGUUUUGCCCCGGAGACUUUGUGGUGGACAAACGACCCCAAGCCCUGCAGGAUCCAGGAGUCUACGGCGUGAUCCAGUCCGGUGAUCACAAGGGAAGGACGUGCGUCGUUAGGUGGAUCAAGCUGAACACCACGGGCGACGAUGUGGAGGUUAUCGGUGUGGAGGAGGACGUCAGCGUUUACGACAUCGCCGAUCAUCCAGAUUUCCAUUUUCGCACGGCAGACAUCGUCAUCAGGAUAUGGAACUCUGAGAACGGACAGAACGACUGUGAGAAUGAGACGUCAGUGGGCCAGGUGUCCCGGGUGGAUGUGAGCAGUAAAGUGGAGGUUGUUUGGGCCGACAACUCGAAAACCAUCGUCCUCCCGCAACACCUCUACAAUGUGGAGUCUGAGAUCGAGGAGACGGACUACGACUCGGUGGAGGAGACGAGCAGCGUCCUGUCCACAGAGGAGUGGGAGGACGAGAGCGACAGCUGGGAGACGGACAACGGCGUGACCACCGAGGACGACAGCCACGCCAACAACUUGGACGCCACCGUCACGGCGACGCCGACCCCCACGCCCACCGGGUCCUCGGUGUUCAUCAUCCCACCACAGGAGGGAGGCAAGGCCGACGUGACGAGUCCCACCCCCAGAGAGGAGGGGGAGGCGUCUGUGGCCUGUCCUGCUUCUGGAGGAGGUUCUGCUCCAGGAGGAACGGUGAACGGAGCAGAGAAGCCCAGCAAGGACGGCGCCCCUCGAGGCUUCAGAGAGCUUAAAGAGGCACUGAAGAUCCUGGAGAGCUUAAAGAACAUGACUGUGGAGCAGCUGUGGACGGGCGGCUUGCCGACCUCCCCGACGGCGGCCGAGCCAGCCUCCGCCGCCAACGUAGAUAGCUCGGUGACGCCAGCGGCUCCCGAAAAACCCACCAAGGAAAAACGCUUCCUGGACGACAUCAAAAAGCUGCAUGAAAACCUGAGGAGGACGCUGGAGGACGUGGCUAUCGUGGAGGAGGAGAAGAUGGAGGCCGUGGGCAGCGGAGGCGGGGGAAGCGAGGCUGAGAGAAGUGGAGAAGAAAAGCCGCAGCAGGAGCCACAGACACCAGUGGGGGGGCAGGAGUGGCCCAGUGAGCGUCUGAGUGACACACCAGUGCUGUGCCAGCAGAGCGGAGGGAAGCCUGGAGUGACGUUCACCAGCGCCAAGGGAGAAGUGUUCUCAGUGCUGGAGUGGGCACCGGACACUCAUUCGUUUAAGAAAAUGGAGUUCCAGCCGGCAGAGGCCAAGAAGUUUUUCAGCACCGUGAGAAAAGAGAUGGCUCUGCUGGCUACAUCGCUGCCUGAUGGGAUCAUGGUGAAAACAUUCGAGGACCGCAUGGACCUGUUUUCAGCGCUGAUCAAGGGGCCAACUCGGACGCCGUACGAGGACGGUCUCUUCCUGUUCGACAUCCAGCUGCCUAACAUCUACCCGGCCGUCCCGCCCUUGUUCCGCUACCUGUCCCAGUGCAGCGGGCGCCUCAAUCCAAACCUCUACGACAACGGAAAGGUCUGCGUCAGCCUGCUGGGCACCUGGAUCGGCAGGGGAACAGAGAGAUGGACCAGCAAGUCCAGCCUUCUGCAGGUCCUCAUCUCCAUUCAAGGUCUGAUCCUGGUCAACGAGCCGUACUAUAACGAGGCCGGCUUCGACAGCGACCGCGGCCUGCAAGAGGGCUACGAGAACAGCCGCUGCUACAACGAGAUGGCGCUGAUCAAGAUGGUGCAGUCCAUGACGCAGCUCCUGCAGAACCCCGUGGAGGUCUUCAGGCAGGAGAUCCACGAGCACUUUAUGUCCAACGGCUGGCGGCUGGUGCACCGGCUGGAGGCGUGGCUGGAGCUGAACGAUUCCUCCGAGGGCGGCCACUCCUCCGCCAGGAGCCACCACUCCAAGGACGAGCAGCUGCCGCCCGGUUUGCGGCUGGUGGCGGUGGCCCACAGCAGCCCCAGCAAACCCUGCGAGGAGGGGGUGCCGGGAGUUAGCAGUAUUCUGGAGGAGGAGCUGGAGGACUCAGGGCUGAGUCCCUCCACCACAGCGGCUCCUCUACAGGAGCUGAGCCAGAACUCAGACUGCGAUGGUUCUCAGGGGAGCGCCCCUCCGGGCGGAGAUAAAGCCGCCCCCUCGGGUCCUGGGUCCGUGAUCCGCAGCGUUGCGACAGAUUCAGGUCCUGGCGCAGCUGGGAGCUCCUCGGGGGGCCAGCCUGUGGUGCGACCAAAGAAAAGGAGAAAGAGCUACCGCAGUUUUCUCCCAGAGGGCAGCGGAUACCCAGACCUGGGCUUUCCGCUCUUCCCGCUCUCCAAGGGCUUCGUGAAGAGCGUCAAAGGCGUCCUGCAGCAGUACCGCGCCGCACUGGCCGCCGCCGGCGUCCCUGAGCGCCCAGAGGACAAGUAAGUGCCUCCCCACCGUCACUCUGACACACACCUGCACUGCUCCUCCCCUCUUUCACCUCCUCAAGUCUAGGAGGGGGUCUGUCUCCUGCAUCCGGCCCUCCUCAGCAGCACCUCCCACCCCAGAACCGGAGCAGAACCUGAUGACUCCGCCUCAUUAACGUGCUUUCCUUUCCUUCAGUUACGCCUCAGAUGAGUGAUGCCUAACACCCCCUCCCCCCCUCCUCCUCUGAGAGCAGGUCAAACCAACCAGAGCUGCUCUGACUGACCUUUCCCUGCAGCUCUCUGUAGCACCAUCAUGGAGGACGCCGCCGUCCCGCCUGGGAACAGAACCGCGGAGCGUUCGCCGGAUGGAAGCCGCCUGCCAAACUUUCCCAGGAGAAAAACUGCCAGCCGACGCCGCUUCCAAUGCUGCCGGCGCCGCUUUCCUCGCCCUCACGUUUACACACACCUCCUUCGCGGGGACGCCUCCUCCUGCAGGAGUGAAAACCCAGGCGUGCAGGAUCUUCAUGCUUUGGUUUUUGGGGUGUUUUAUUUUUUGUUUGAUUUUUUUUUUUUUUUUUUUCUUGAAGCUAAAGUUUUCUGAUAGAGCUGAUCUGUUCAUCAUCUCACGUCGACACAUCGCCUUACUUGAAUAGUUCCUGACGACCUCAGAGCCGCCGGUGUCGCCGCCACUCAAACGUAAUAUCUUCCCGCUGCAUUUCCUCAGUGUUUGAUUCUCCGUCUAAGACUCGUCGCUUUGCUGCAGAAUGUGUUGAGGACUCACCUGUGGGUGCUUCCUGUGGGGGGGCAUCAGCAGUCUUUGUUUACAUCUUUUUGGAUGACAUCUUCCAUCGGACUCGUAACCUCCCCCCCUCCCCCGUGAUCAGUAAGGAACCGCGCUCGCUAUGACCCGACCAGAGAGCGACGGCCCUCUGAUGACAUACUUGAAAAACGGACUUUGAUGCUGAAAAGUGUUUUUGAUAAAGAGCACACUGUGCCAUUCUGGACCUCCUAGAAGAACUACGAGCUGCUGCGUUUUAAAGCGAAUAAAAAAAAGAUGAAUGAUUGAGUGUUUUUGUUUUUCCCUGUGUGGUUUUUUUUCCCUCAAUGUCCCUUAAACCCCCCCCUCCAUGUGUCCUUGUCCUCUCAGGAUCUGACUUUAUCCUUGGUCUGCCUGUAACGCUGAGCGAGCGGCCAUGUUGGAGCCUUUCUUUCCUUUCUGCAUCGCUGCCGAUCAUGUCAAAGGAAAAAAAAACAUCUAGAAAAGCUGGAUCUAGACUUUUCGUCCUCCACCAAACAGAAAAUGUGAAGCCGGCAGAACAUGCAGCCUGUGAAGACUUUAACCCAUUCUUCUUAUUUUCCCUGCAAGCAGUUUGAUUUUUCCAGCCAAAGCAUGUUAACAUGUUGCUUUAAGGCCCUUUUUUUCAAACGGGCUCCACCAAGAACUCGCCUGUACGAUGUCUGCAUUUCCACAGUGGCCUGUUGAUAUAUAAAAAAAAAAAAGAAGUAAUAAAGUUAUCGUUUGUAGCCUGAUUCUCUCUGUACAGACAUCAUAACUCUAUUGAAAUAUACAGGUGCAUACAGAAUAUAUUUAACACAACCUUUGGUUCUGAUGAGUCACUCGGAUGCUGGGGGGUGUGUGUACAUACUGCUGAGUUUACUGUACUCAACAUUUCUCUUUUUUUUUAUGGUUUACUUUGUUGCUUUAAAACUGACUGUAUAGUGAUGUAUUAAACUUUGCAAGCAGUAACGUUAAAA